AUGGCCACCUCCACCAUGUCUGUCUGCUCUGAUGCUCGCACCAACUCCUCCUGGCAGGUGGACGACUGCCCAGAGAGCUGCUGUGAGCCCUGCGGCUGUGCCCCCAGCUGCUGCCAGUCUAGCUGCUGUGCCCCCAGCUGUUGCCAGUCCAGCUGCUGUGCCCCCAGCUGCUGUGCCCCAACCCCUUGCCUCCUCUGCACCCCAGUGAGCUGUGUGUCCAGCCCCUGCUGCCAAUCUUCCUGCUGCACACCCUCAUGCUGCCAGCAGUCUAGCUGCCAGCCAGCUUGCUGCACCUGCUCCCCCUGCCAGCAGUCCUGCGGUGUGACCCUUUGCUGCAAGCCUGUGUGCUGCACACCCAUCUGCUCUGACUCCUGCUGCCAGCAGUCUAGCUGCCAGUCCUCCUGCUGCCAGCCCUCCUGCUGUGUGCCUGUCUGCUGCAGGCCUGUGUGCUGCACACCCAUCUGCUCUGCCUCCUCCUCCUGCUGCUGCCAGCCCUCCUGCUGUGCUCCUGGGUGCUGCAAGCCUGUGUGCUGCAAGCCCUGCUCCAGCCUGUCCCUGCUGUGCCGCCCUGUGUGCAGACCUGCCUGCUGUGUGCCCACCUCCUCCUGCUGUGCCUCCUCCUGCCAGCCCAGCUGCUGUCGCCCAGCCUCCUGUGUGUCCCUGCUGUGCCGCCCUGCCUGCUCCUGUACCACUUGCUGAGGCCUCUCCUGGGGUAGAAAUUCAGCUUCUGAGUGGACGCUAUUGUCAUCCUGGAGCUUGUGAGAUCCCUCUCCUCUGACUCAUGGCUUCUCUGCUAACAGCCAGCAACUGUCUACCUUGCUUCUCCAGGGUCUUACACGGAGGGACCUUGGCUGUCACCUGCUCACCCCCUCCCUCACGUUGGAAGAGGCCCCAGCUCUUACCUCAUGAAUAUCCUAGUCAGGGUUCCUACUGGCCCUCCCAGGGUGGGGAGAUCAUGGCCCAUGUCACAGGGCUUUCAGAAACUGGACUCUGAGCCACCUUCCAGGGUCUGUGACCGGGCUCAAUUGUACAUCAGCCAACCCUGGCUCUUCUGGGUUCUCAGCCCCUCACCCACUCAGCUGCACAAACUACAAUAAACUACUGACAAAUUAA